AUGCGGCUUCGUCGUCGCAUGCGACCUUUUGCAUGCAAUGAUAUAAGACUGAAGUACCAGCCUGAUGCUUGUGAUUUUGUCUCUCGUCUCGCCGCCUUUUCGAUCGCUGCUAUCAUAUCCUGUUCCGGACUCUUGUAUCGCUCUUCCACUUUCAAUAUGAAGCUUGCCAUCGCCUCACUCGCUACCGCCAUGUUGGCUAGUACUGCUCUUGCAGCCCCUCGACCUGGUCUUGCUGAGCGCCUUAAGCAGCGUGGUGUUUUGCAGCGCUCGUCUCAGCCCGCUAGCAGGUUUGACAACUCCGACGAGAAGAAUGGCAUUCUUCUCAAGGAGGGCUCCGAUGAUGCCAAAGUCCAGUACAGCAGUAACUGGGCCGGUGUCGUGCGCGAGUCGCCCCCUGCCAGUGCCACCUACACUGCUGUUUCGGCCACGUUCACUGUGCCCGAACCCACAGCCACUGACAACUCGGGCGACUUGCAAGCUGCCUCCGUCUGGGUUGGCAUUGACGGUGAUACCUACUCCCAGGCCAUUCUGCAGACUGGCAUCGACAGCUACAUCCAGAACGGCGAGAUGAGCUAUGAUGCUUGGUACGAAUGGUACCCUAACAGCGCCGUGAACUUCGACAUAAGUGUGUCUGCUGGCGAUGUCAUUGUCGCUUCCGUCAAAUCUUCUUCGUCCAGCAAAGGUGUUGCCAUCAUUGAGAACAAGUCUUCCGGCGAGACUGCGACGAAGACCAUUACGGCGCCUUCUUCAGAUGCCACUCUGGGUGGACAGAACGCCGAAUGGAUUGUUGAGGACUUCAAUUCUGGCGACUCCCAGAUUCCAUUUGCCGACUUUGGCACUGUGACUUUUACAGGUGCUCAAGCCGAAACUGCUCGUGGCUCUUAUGGUGUCAACAAUGCUGCGGUGCUUGACCUUCAGCAGGGCGGGAAGCUACUUGCCGAUGUCAAGAUCGAGAGUGAUACCGAGUUCACUGUCACUUAUCAAUGA